GAAAGGACGUAGCCGGAAGUGAGGCUUCCGGAGACUUUGCCCAGGCUGACGGUGUCAGAGAAGCUCUAGAAGGCGGAUAUUGGGUUCCUGGUGGAUGGAGAUGCAGCAGGUGGUUGUCGUCCUGGGGCUCCUGGCGGUGCUCAGCUGCCGGGCGGUGGAGGUGAAGAGACCCCGGGGGGUGUCCCUGUCCAAUCGCAGCUUCUACGAUGAGACCAAACCAUUCACCUGCCUGGAUGGCUCCAAGACCAUCCCCUUCGACCACGUAAAUGACGACUAUUGUGACUGCGCGGAUGGCACCGAUGAGCCCGGCACUGCCGCGUGCUCCAAUGGAAGAUUCCACUGCAGCAACCCCGGGUACAAGCCUCAGUACAUUCCCUCAUCACAGGUCAACGACGGAAUCUGCGAUUGCUGCGACACUACUGACGAGUAUAACAGCGGAGCGCGCUGCGAGAACACUUGCAGAGAGAUGGGCAGGAGGGAGCGCGAGGAUCUGGAGAAGAAGGCGGAGAUGGCACGGGAAGGCAUGCUCCUGAAGCAGAAGUUUAUUGAGGAGGCCCGAAAAGGCAGAGAAGAGAAGCAGGUGAAGCUGCAGGAGCUGGCAGAGAAGCGGCUGAGCGUGCAGACACUGGUGGACACCCUGCUCGCCGAGAAGGAGUCGGCAGAGAAGCCGGAGAAGGAAGCAAAGGAUGCCCACAAGCAAGCGUGGGAAGAGCGGAGGGAGUUGGAGAAGGCGGCUCUGGAGAAGAAGCGCUCCCUGGAAGUGUUUUCUGAGCUCGACCAGGAUUCAGAUGGAAUGCUGUCGGCGCCGGAGCUGCUCUCUCACACCGAGCUAGAUGCCGAUGGGGAUGGUUCAUUGUCCGACAAGGAAUCCCAGGAUCUUCUCGGAGGUUCAUACUCGGUGGAUGUUGCCUCCUUCCAAGAGUCUGUGUGGCCACAAAUUAAAGAAAAGUUCAAGUCAGCGAAUGAUGUCCCUCCAUUACCUCCAGUAGAAGAGGGAACAGAAAGCCACCCAGAAAUCCCCCCUGAAGAUGAGGAUGAUGAUGUAGAAGAGGGAGAUGACGAAGAUGAUGAUGAUGACUCGGAUGACUAUCACACAGCUCCACCAAGCAAGUCAGAUGUAGAAGAGGUGGAGAUGCCACCUUAUAAUGAGGCCACCCAAGCUCUGAUAGAUGCUGCUGAAGUGGCACGUAAUCAAUUCAAUGAAGCAGAAAAAUCCCUGAGAGAAAUCGACGAUACAAUCAAGAGUCUGGAGAAGGAGAUUUCGCAGGAUUUUGGACCACAUGGAGAGUUUUCUUAUCUCUAUGCGCAGUGCUAUGAACUUUCAACAAGCGAGUAUGUUUAUCGCUUGUGCCCAUUUAAUCGUGUGACACAGAAACCGAAGGCUGGAGGAUCAGAGACUAAUCUGGGAACUUGGGGAUUCUGGUCAGGACCAGAAAAUGAUAAAUUUGGUGCAAUGAAAUAUGAACAGGGAACAGCCUGUUGGCAAGGACCAAACAGGUCUACACAGGUGAAGCUGUACUGCGGGAAGGAAACCGUAGUCACGUCCACCUCAGAGCCCAGUCGCUGCGAGUACCUUAUGGAGUUCUUCACUCCCGCCGCCUGUCAACAUCCAGUAGAAAUCCCACCAGAAGACCAUGACGAGCUGUGAUACCAGCAGUGUAGCAGCCGUAGCUAGAAGGACCCCAUACGAGACUCAAGUGGAACCCUAAGAGCUGUGAAUAGUUGGAUCAGACGGUCACCCUGGGACCUCAAACCUCAUUCGAGACCCCAUCCCCUCUUCCUGAUCUCUGCAGUAAAGGACACUGGCAACUAAAAGACACAUUCCAUCCUCCAACCCCUGCUCUGCUGCUUCCCUGGACCACUUCUGCCAUGUUGUACAUACUUGGGAGUUAAAGGGGAUGUCUAGGAUUAGAGAAAUAUGGCCGGUAUCCAGCUGUGCCCUAUUCAAGAGAAUAACUCUGAGCUGUAGUAACUGACAAGGGCCAUGGAUAAAAAAAAUCAAUAAAAAAAGCAGACUUUAUUUUCUAAUCCUGGUCAUCCCCGUUAAAUAGUACACGGUUUACAGUGGCUGCUACCAUGUGUUUCUUGUGUUCAUGCUGGUCGGAGGGAUUAUGUGCUUAUAAAUACAGGUUGGUUUAUAUAAAAGC